AUGGCCGUCUCGCAAGUCUCAUUUCUUCCAAGCGAAAACAUUGCUGGGAAGUUGGUUUUCUACCAGAUGGAGGGAAAUGCCACCCGCGUGAGGGCCACAGGAGAACUGGCUUCAGACGUUCCCACUGAGACCACGUUUGAACUCUUUGACCCGCAAAAGAAUUUCAGCACGGCAAAGUUCACCUACACCUGGGACUUAGGCAACGGAGAGGUAAUCCACGGGACCGAGCCGGUGGUCCGCUAUCACUACACAGAGUCAGGGAACUACUCCCUGCGGCUGAAGGUCGGAGUGAAGGUCACCAAAUAUUCACUUCCAAUCACUGACGUGUACUCCACGGAUGUCCAAGUCCUCGAUGCCAUUAAAAACAUCGAACUGAAGGGGCCCUCGGACUACAAGCUGUCUCAGAACACGGGUUUGGCUUUUCAAGUUGAUGGAAGUCCUCCCAUAUGGGUGUGCUGGCGCUUUCUGCCCGACUGCGCGCCGGACCCCGCGGGGAGCUGCUCGCUGACCGUGCUGUAUGAAAACACCCUCAGGUUGAACCACAACUUCACCUUCACCACCUUCGCCGGCGUCCACUGCCUCGACAUCAGCGUCCGCAAUGACGUCAGCAAGCUGCAGACCUCCUUCAGCCUCUACGUCAGGAGGAACGAUAAGACCCACUUGAUCUUCAUCCUGUAGUGUGCCGCCAUCCUCGUCGCCACCUUCUCCUUCAUCGGGGUGGUCGCCUGCCAGCCUCGUCGCCGCCACAGACCUCGGGUACAGAACGCAGCUUCCUAA